ACGAAAAUAAACAACAGAAUCUUUUCGCUUUUGUUUAAUUUUGUGCUUUUUUGUGGAGAUCGUAGUUUACCAUAAAUACACUUGUAAAUUCUGAUAAAAAAUCGAAGUGACUUGUCAGUUCCCGUUCUGAGUGCUGGAUAAUUGUAAAUUUUAUUACGAAUUCCGAAUUCAGAAAAUAAUUUUGUAACGAUGACUUUCCAACAGCUAUCUGCACAACUUCGCCAUCCUGAGAACCCUAUUGUCUUCUUCGACAUCACAAUUGGUAGUACGGAAGCGGGAAGGCUGAAAAUGGAACUUUUCAAUGAUGUUGUGCCGCGAAGUGCGGAGAAUUUCAGACAGUUUUGUACUGGAGAAUAUCGCAAGGACGGCGUACCCCUUGGAUACAAAGGCUGCUUUUUCCACAGGGUGAUAAAGGAUUUCAUGGUUCAAGGUGGCGACUUCGUUAAUGGUGACGGAACAGGUGUGGCCACCAUUUAUGGAGGAGAGGGCGACACCUUUGCGGACGAGAACUUCUACUUGAAACAUGACGCACCGGGAUUACUUUCUCUGGCCAAUGCGGGCCCGAACACCAAUGGAUGCCAGUUUUUUAUCACAUGUAAUAAGUGUGAUUUUCUUGAUGGGAAGCAUGUGGUGUUUGGCCGAGUUUUAGAUGGUAUGCUGGUACUGAGGAAGAUCGAAAACGUUCCCACUGGACCGAACAAUAGACCGAAGCUGCCGGUGGUCAUUGCGCAAUGUGGACAACUGUGAAUAUUUCACUACUUCAGCACUUUCGCUGAUCUCAUUCCGUUUGGACCAUGGUAAUUAUUAGAUUGGAAUUUCAUCCAUCCAUAUUGGACAGGGAAGCCGGCAAAACGAUUGUUACGUCAAGUUACUUGAUGCUUGAUGAGUGUAUUAAAUGAUCAGGUGGACGGCACGUUUGCACUGAUUUGUUGUAUUGUUUAUGAUAAACUGAGCGUCGACGAACGAAAGAGAGCAAGUAGCGCUGUUACAACUUUCGUGUGUCGACGAUUACCGCUGUACGAUUACAUUUCCGAGUUGAUCCGCAUUUUGGCUUCGUUGUGGUUGACUAGUUGAAAUUCGUCAUUUAUGGCUAGCUAAAGAAGGGAUUGUUGAUGCUGAAUGAAGCAUUAUGAACACACUGAUCCAUUUAGUCACAUAGCGACACUUGCGCUCUUUGUAUCUUAUUGCCAAAUAAAUGCCUCGUUGAAAUUGAAAGCGAUGAUCUAGGAAAAGUUUGUGUAUGGAGAAAUUUGGGACUGUCGAUUCGCCAUGCCGAAAUCUAGUGCACACGACGCUUGCUACCUGCUUGAUUAGGAGAAACAGUGAUCAACACUUUUCCGACGAAAGAUGCCACUUGUAUGACUUCCGGCUGCUUUGCCGCAACUUAACCGAUGCUGAAUGGUGAAUGCUGGUAUUGUUACUUCCAUUAUUAGACGGCUGUGGAAUCGUGUUUCUGGAGAU